UAUCUGAGACUCUGUCGCUUUUUCAGCUUAUCACCGUGGAUCACACACUGGAUGUGAGAAAAAAAACAACAAAAAAAAAAACAAGUGAAGUGUUUGGAUGUGCACUGAAAUCUGACCUUGCUUUCCGAGAAAUCUUCCUUUGGACGCGUUAAGAGGAUACUAAGAGGAUACUGUUGCUCCUGCAGUUUGGCUGAAGACAAACGUGAAAGAGGGAGAAAGUCAAUAAACAGACUGUCUGACCUUGUGUUUGGGUUUGUUGUUUGUGAUAAGCUGUUUUAUCUUCGAUCUUUCACCCGACCUGAACAUGGAUGAGGACAGUAGAGAAACUUUUAAAAUGAUGGCUGUGCACCAGGCCCGACCUCCCUAAUGCUCUUGUGGCUGAAUGAACACUAAUUCCCACAGCCAUGCUCCAUUAUCUAGUGGAAACCCUUUCAAGAAGAGUGGAUUAACAGCAGAGCAGCAACUCAAUAUUAAUGCUAAUGGUUUUGGAAUGUGAUGAUCAACACUCAGCUGUCCACAUACCUUUGAACAUAAAGUCCCUGAAGACCUUUCUCUAGCAGAAAGAGAUGAACUGUCUAACAUUCGACGGAGGAAAAAAGAACUACUAGAUGACAUUGAACGGUUAAAGUUUGAGAUUGCUGAAGUGAUGACAGAGAUUGAACAAUUAACAUGCAUGGGAGAGACAAAGACCACACAGAGGAAUAAGCAGAUGGCUAUUGGAAGGAAGAAAUUCAAUAUGGAUCCUAAGAAGGGUAUCCGGUUUCUUUUGGAUAAUGAUCUUCUGCAACACACACCUGAGGACAUUGCACAGUUCCUAUGCAAAGGAGAGGGCUUGAAUAAAACAGUCAUCGGAGACUAUUUAGGCGAAAGGGAUGAUUUUAACAUUAGUGUUCUACAGGCCUUUGUGGAACUACAUGAGUUUGCAGACCUCAACCUUGUGCAAGCUUUACGGCAGUUUCUGUGGAGCUUCAGACUCCCUGGUGAGGCUCAGAAGAUUGAUAGAAUGAUGGAAGCUUUCGCAUCACGAUAUUGCCAGUGCAACCCAGGCGUCUUCCAGUCCUCAGACACGUGCUACAUCUUGUCAUUCUCCAUCAUUAUGCUCAACACCAGCUUGCACAACCCCAAUGUCAGAGACAAGCCAACUGUCGAGAGAUUCAUCUCUAUGAACCGUGGCAUCAAUGAAGGUGGUGAUCUGCCUGAGGAGCUGCUCAAGAAUUUAUAUGAAAGCAUUAAAAAUGAGCCAUUCAAAAUCCCUGAAGAUGACGGCAAUGAUCUGACACACACGUUCUUCAAUCCAGACAGAGAAGGUUGGCUGCUUAAGCUAGGAGGAAGGGUAAAGACGUGGAAAAGGAGAUGGUUCAUUCUUACUGACAACUGCUUGUAUUACUUUGAAUAUACAACAGACAAAGAGCCUCGUGGGAUUAUUCCACUGGAGAACCUCAGCAUAAGAGAGGUGGACGAGCCAAGAAAACCAAACUGCUUUGAGCUCUACAACCCAAGUCAUAAAGGUCAGGUGAUCAAAGCCUGUAAAACAGAAGCAGACGGCAGGGUUGUAGAGGGAAACCAUGUGGUGUACAGAAUAUCAGCCCCUACUCCUGAGGAGAAAGAGGAGUGGAUCAAGUCCAUCAGGGCCAGCAUCAGCAAGGACCCGUUCUACGAGAUGCUGGCAAGCAGAAAGCGGCGAGUUGCCACUAAGAAGUGACAGCAAGAUGACCUUUACAGGUGUACUGAUCUCUAAUAGAGAGUCUAUUGUCUGCUCAUCUACAGAGGAGCUUAUUAAAUCCUAAAGGAGGUUAGCUGCAGGACACAGAGACUCUCAGACUCACAGAGACAUCAAAGACUCUCAGCAGUAAAACUCUCCAUGCUUGGUGGAUACUUAAACGUGGGAAUCUGCAGAAAAGCUGAAGUGUUCAUCACUUGUUGAAGGAAAAAGGACAGACACAGUACCACAUUGCCCUCUACUGUUCAUCUGCAGCAAUUACCACACAUUCUUACUAAUACUGUAUUAUAGUAUAUUCUAAAAUUGGUCUCUCAUUCUCACAUUAGUAUUAUAAUUAUCUUAUUGACACCUAUUUACCUGAGAAUAAAUAAUAAAAAAAACAUGUAGUGCCAUAGUGUCCAUUAAACAAAAGGCCUUUCAGUAUUUUUUUAAUUAAUCUAUUAUUUAAAAUUAUUUUAUGACUACAGAUGUAUCAUGCGAUCAAAAUCAGCAGGACUGAUUAUGUGAGGUUUUUCCACACAACUAUACUUUGUUAAAAUUGUUUUAAGUCAUAUAAGCAAAUGAAGGAUGUUGUGUCUGUGAUGCCUUUAAAGUUUUAGUGAAACUCAGUCUUUGGUUACAGGAUUUUAUUCUAAUAAUCUACGACAAUGUUGAGACGAUGUUCAAUUGUGUCGGUCUUUCUGUGAAGCCAUGGAGCUACAGUAAAAGUCCAACUGAAAAUGGAUUUUAAAACUAUUGGCCAUUUGAAUUAUGAAUAUUUUCAGAAACGUAAACUAGUCUUUUAAAUCCAUUAGUGGUCAUUGGUUAUGGUCCAUGAAUGAGUGCUUAUAAGUUAAAUGAGGCAAAGGACCAGUGGGGGUAGGUAUGGGUGGGGACUGGAAACUGGCAACAAAAACCCAAAAUGUGAAU